AUGGCCGAGCACGCUGGCGCCAAGCCAGAGCCACCGCACCCUGAUCUAUCCCAUGGCAACCCGCCAGCCGCCGGCGUCUUCCUGAUCUACAUCCCGCGCCUCUUCGACCUCCACGGCGCCAUUAGCCAGCACCACGAGCACGGCCUGCCGCCCGACGCCUGCGCCGCCGCCCGCGCCGCCGCCGUCCUGCUCGGCGGCUCCCUGUUCUACAGCAACGCCACCCACACGUGGAACGACCUCGUCGACCGCCAGAUCGCGCGCACACGGAACCGGCCCGGCUGGCCUAGUACCCCUUGGCCAAGCGGCACACGCAACCUGGCGCAGGUGGUGCUGGGGCUCACGGUGUCGUGGGCCGUCGUAGUUGGCGCCGCGGCCGCGGGGGCCGCGGGCGCACCGUGGCGGGACCCGUCGGCGCUGUGGGUCAUGGUCUACGACACCGCCUACGCGCGCCUGGACCUAGCAGGCGACCGCGUGAUCAGGGUCAAGAGCAUGGCGGUGCUGCUGGCCGGCCACACACGCGCGCAGCUAUGGGCUCUGGUCGGCUGCAUGGCCGUCACGCUGGCGGCGGUCGGACGGCUGGGGGGAUGGGGGGGAUGGGGCCGGCUUACGGGGUGGUGA